CGAUCCUGCUGGUGUAGUCAGCCCUGAUAGCUGCCGGGUGAAACACGCAUAUUGCCCACGUUGUAACGGAAUGGAAAGAAGGGUUUGGCGUGCGUGAAAACGCAAAAACAAACGCCGCGCCGUGGGAUUUAAAAAGAAAAGGGAUUAGCUGUUUUGCUGUUUUUCUUUUUUUAACGAAGAAUAGAAUUAUUGCGUUUUCAGUGGGUUAAAAAGUGCUGAAAGAAUCAAGUCACUUAAUUGUCCAAGGAACUGUACAUCCAGUGAGGAUUCAAGAGACUGAGCUUUACUGAAAUGAUCUACCUUGCACUACCAGAAUAACUGGUGCGAGGCAUUAAGCGUACAGAAAAUUGCUAGAACUGAAGUCAUGCAAAAGCAGCAGCAGCAGCAGCGCCACACCUCCCCAGGGAGUGUGUGCUCCUCCCGGGGGCCCAGUGUGCCGGGCUCCCCCGCAGCAACCAUCGUGGCAAGAAUGGAUAACCAAGUUUUGGGGUACAAGGACUUGGCCGCCAUCCCCAAAGACAAAGCGAUAUUAGACAUCGAGCGCCCCGAUUUAAUGAUCUACGAACCUCAUUUUAAUUACUCAGACCAACCCAGAAGUAGAGAGCGAUCCAUGUCUCCACGAUCGAUAUCACCCCCACUUUCCCCAGAGAAUUUCACCUGCAAGGAGCGGGGAGAGUGGGGAGACCAGAGAUCUCCAGGAAGCGCCUCCGUGGCUUCUGCAGCUCACAGCCGUCGCAGCUCCAGCGCAGCAGGGAUGCAGCACUUUCACAGACCAGAUAACGGUGCAAAUAUCUACAAGAAACCCCCGAUCUACAAAAAAGGAGAACCCUCCACGGCAAUCCCUCUCAGUAAACACAUAGACGAUCUCAUCAUUGAAUCAUCCAAGUUCCCGGCCGCCCAGCCUCCUGACCCCAACAAGCCUUCCAAGAUUGAGACCGACUACUGGCCCUGCCCUCCCUCCCUCGCAGCUGUGGAGACCGAGUGGAGGAAACGGGCGGCUACUAAAAAAACAGGUGAGGAAGAGGAGGAGGAGUAUGACGACGGAGAUCUGUCAGAGGAAGUGCAGCGACUUCAGAGACAAGAGCUGAACAAGAUCCAAUCCAACCUGGGGAAAUUGAUCCUGAAGGAAGAAAUUGAGAAAUCGAUACCCAUUCGGCGGAAAACUCGCUCCCUGCCCGACAGGACCCAGAUGCACAUUCCCUCUUCAAGCACCUUCAAAUCAGCCUCUCUCCCAGUCUGCAGCCGGAACAGCCUCACCAGGCUCCAGUCUGCAGAGUUUUCAUCGCCAGAAAGUAAUAACGGGGCACAAGGUCUUCAGAAUGGUGAUGCACAAAGGGGAAGGAUGGACAGAGGAAACUCGCUGCCAAGUAUGCUUGAACAGAAGAUCUAUCCUUAUGAAAUGUUAAUUGUAACCCACAGAGGACGUAGCAAACUCCCCCUGGGAGUCGACAGAACAAGACUCGAGAGGCAUCUGUCACCGGAGGACUUUGAGCACUUGUUUGGAAUGGACAUCAAAGAGUUUGACAGGCUGUCACUCUGGAAACGGAACGACUUGAAGAAAAAAGUGUCACUCUUUUAAUCGAGAAAAAAACAAAACAAAACAAUAUCUUCACAAAACAAAUGUGCAGGACAGGAAAUCUUUGGCUGGCCUGUUACUAUGCUAUACCAUAUCAUGUGAUUGAAUGAGUCCUGACAAUGAUAUAUUUAUGUAGAAAAAGGAAUGAAAGCACCCAUAGACACAGACCUGCCCAGGGUCACAGCCACUCUAUAUCUUAAAUCUCUAACUGCAGCUAUGAGUAUGAAUGUACCAAUAAAGGCCGUUUCCUGCUCC